GAAAGUUGUCGUGCCCCGGCAAGUAGGUUGUCUGCCAGACAGCUGGCAUCUGCGAGUGUGCGUUACAGUUCGCGGCGAAACUUCGCUUUCGGGUUCCAGAGUCUGCGAAGAGAGACCCUUCCAGUGUCAUGGCUGCCGGUCCAGUUUGCGUUGUGCUGCUCGCCCUUCUGGCCCGUCCUCUGGGCUCUGUGCCCCAGUGUGACCACUACGGCACAUGCGGGAACACCUACCCUUUCCUUCCGGCACCACCCGGAAGAUCUCCGCCCUGCGCCAAGCCAGGAACCACUUUCUGCGAGAAGAUCGACCAUUAUCCCACACAGCUGAUUCGCUACCUGAUCGAGAGAUGGGGCUAUGAUUACAGUACGCUCCUAAGCGACGAGUCGCGCGAUGACUUCAGUUACAGGACACCCGUAACAUACGGACCGCCACAUCAUCAUCCGGGUUACGCAUAUGGACCACCGAAGGUACCGGGCGCUGUUCCGUACUACCCGGGAGUCCAACUUGUUGGGGGGAAUGCGAGCAACGGAGGGUACCCGGACAGACGGUACAAGUUACCGCCUCAGUUCCUGAGCACAGGACCUUUUCUGUACACGACUGUGCUCCAGCCAAGCGCACAAUACAGCCCGGAGGAUUGGUGGGAGAGGUACACGCGGUCCACGGGCAGCAACCAUCAGCUGCAGUCUCACCCCAGGACGCGGAGGCAGGCGGCAACGAACCAGCUCUGCCCCACCAGGACCGAGUUCAUCAUGCCGAAAGCAGCGAUGAACAACAGAGGGAACUGGAUGUUCGUGGUGAACCUCAACGAGGUAGACGACAGGUACACGCAGCUGGUCGGCACGGAAACUUGCACCACGAGCCAGUGUAGCGGACUCUGCUCGAUACCUGGCAGUUAUUCGUCACGCUGUCAACAGCAGUACGUCCAGAAGAGAUUAGUAGCGUUGGAAGGCGGUGGAGAUCGACUGUACACGGACGUAUUCUGGUUCCCACACUGCUGUCUCUGUCAGAUUACGCAGAACAACGGCUGAACAUCAGACUCAACCUUCAAGCAAUCCAAAUUCUUGUCUUGUCAUGACAGAAGUGAACUGAGGCAAUCUCUGCCUUUACGCAAGUGAACUGAAUCAGUUUUCGGGUUUUUUUUUUUACAAGAACCGUGGUGUACAAGAAAUGUUGGAUACUGAAAUAAGGGUACAUUAUUAAUGUGUUUACACUCUGAUUCCAUAAAUCACUUUAGUCAAGUCUCUCCUCCUCGCUGCUUUAAGCGGACAAAAAUCAUAAAUAUUUUGACACAUUUCACAAAAAUCGGUGAUCACCUUUUGGUUAUACCACGUCCGUUUACACACAACUUGUUCUAGACGAACGAAAUACUAUUUUCAGUGCUUACUAAAACUCGUGACACUUUCUUCUAAAUUUCUUAUUGUCAGUUUAGCUACACACUAAAGUUAGACGAGACUGUAUUUAAAUAAAUAUUCGCGAAGGACAAUAUUUAAUAAGAUGUAACACUUUCAUGUCGCUUUCAAUCUCCUCGCCUGUCGUAUUAUUUUUCGAGAUCAACUCAGUAUAAGACAGUCUGAAAAAUGGUGGCACCCCUGUUAACGCACAAGAUACGUCAGAAUGUUCAGUGGCUACAAAGACGUGGUGAAUAUAUUUCUAUGUUGGACAUACUGCAUUGCUUUUCCAGUGGAAUGACAUUCAUUUGUCCUUGUAAAUCUGUAGAUCUCACACCAUCAAAUUCUUAGCCACGGGAACUUCUGAAGCAAAUCAUUUUUUUUUCACAGUUCCAUACCGAGAAAUAUACGGGACCUACCAGAAAACGUCACAUUUCCACUGCACUGCAUAUUACACGACACUGUUUCAAGAACGUUUAGAAACAUAACCUAUAAUCUGAAGAAUUCCUUCGGCGUAACUACUCUAAUGUUAGUUUAGUGCAUAAAAAUGAUUUAUUGAAGUAAUAUAAUAUUUAUUGAUUUCUAGCUUUAUGCUUGCCAGUACUCUAUUAAAUUGGAAUGUAUUUGA